CAGCCCUCCAGAUGCCAUUGUUUGCGAAACGCUUUUCCGUACCCAAAUUUCCAUCACGCAAGGCAGCCAGUAUGACCAACUUAUCUCAGCUGGAUUCGGUUACAAGGAGCCAGGAGUUUGGUUUAGACUUCGGUCCUAUCAGGACCAGAUUGAGUGGCCGAAACCUCGUUUUUCGCGAUGGUAACUGGAUAGUGGAGGGAGGUGAUACCCAGAACGCUGCGAAGUUAGAUCGAGAAUCCUUCCGAAUCAAGAAGGAGAACCAUCAACUAGUUGAAGAGAACAACCUCUUGAAGCUCAAAAUCGAUAUACUACUGGAUAUGCUGGCAGAGACAACUGCCGAGGUCCAUCUGCAAGGGAAUGAAAUUGAAAACCUUCGUGCCAUGCUGAACAAGAAGCCUCAAACCAAUCCUAUUCAAGUCUCUUAAAUAAUAUGUUCUAUCAACGACCAUUCAUUUUGCACUUUGUUUUUGCUGAUAUAUCUGUGAUCCUACUUUUACUGAUGGAACCUCAAGGAUCCCCGCACGUCCAUCGCCUUCAUCUCUUUACAAGUCGUCUACACGAUGCUGUCACGGUCAACCUUGUUUUACAUCCUCCUGUCUGCAGUAAUAUUUUUGUAAAUAUAAAACAAAUGUAUCCUAUUGUAC